AUGAUUACUGGCAUGGAUCUUCUUUCCUUUAUGUCCAACAAGCCUUGGGCUUUGAAAUUUCUCACACAGCAACAACAUAAGGUGUUGAUUCGCAUCACUGGAUUGGUGCUGCUUUUCAUCGGUAUAUUGUACGCUGUUCAAAUUAUGCAGUUUGAAGCAAGGAAACGGCAUGUAUCCAGUGACCAUGAUUCAGCGAACAAUGCUGAGAGGAAGUACAUUACUGGAACAGAUAAUGAUUGGUUGUCUACCACACUCAGCAACUUUUCGACCAAUGUACUUACCAAUAACAACGAUAUUUACACCACUGAUAAAAGUUUGCCACCUCCCCCAGGGGGUGAAGUAUCAGCUGACAUGACUACUAAACAAAACAGUAGUUAUACUCCUGUUAGCUGGAUACCUAUUGCAGAAAAAGAUGUCGAAGCCGCUAAGUCUAAUAAAGCCUGCAACAACAGCAGAGAGGAGACAGAUUCUAAUAUUUCACCUAGCCUUUCCGAGGACGGUAACUACACGUCGCAAAAGGGAUGGUUACAUGACCCAGUCGCCGAUGCUUCAGCUGCUAUAUCUGUCGAGCGCCAUAGUAACAAUUCUGUAGAAAGUUAUUUACCUGCAUCGGACAUAUCAACUCCAAAGGCUGCCGAUUCCUCUAGUAAUUAUAGCAGUGAAGCAGGUGUGUUGGCAAGUCCAGAUUCCAAAAGUUUAGAUUAUACAUCGGCUAAGCCAUCCAAUAAUGACAGGGCUACUGAGGCAAAUCAGUUUCCUUCUGUAGUCGGCAAGAUGUUUCCUGCUGUUUCUCCGAAGAACUACAGUGACUUGUCUCAGAUAAAUUAGUCCCCAUCUCCACAUACCAAUAUUUCUGCUGCAAU